UGCGCAGUUGGGCGCCCGUCCAAAUUCUCGCGGCGCGCGCGAGCGGCGGUUUCCGGCCGUCGGCCCCAUGGCGGCCCCCGGCAACGCCGUGGGCCCCGUUCUGGACGGAGUCGUGGCAUACGUGGAAGUGUGGUCGGCCAAUGGAACAGAAAACUACUCCAGGACCUUCACGGACCAGCUUGUGCAGAUGGGGGCACAGAUUUCCAGGAAGCUCAGCAAGCGCGUGACGCAUGUGGUCUUCAAAGACGGCUACCAGAGCACCUGGGACAAGGCGCAACAGCUGGGCGCGAAGCUGGUCUCUGUGCUCUGGGUGGACAGGUGCCGGAUGGCGGGGGAGCACGUGGACGAGGCCCUGUUCCCCGCCGCCAAUACCCACAGCCGCGUUCCCAACCUGCCAGAGAGGAAGCGUAAGUGCAUGCAGCCCAAAGACUUCACUCCCAAAACGCCAGAAAACGACAAGAGGCUGAGGAAGAAGAUGGAGAGGAUGGCGCGGGAGCUGCAGAGGCAGAAGACGAUGCUGGAGGACAACCCUGUUCUCAUGUUCGAGUCCAGUGGGGCGCUGCUUUACAGCCCCACGACCGCCGUGAGCCGCCAGCACCACUCCAUGGAGAGGAGGCUGCGGGAGAUGAAGGAGAGGCGGGAGAACCUGUCACCCACCUCAUCGCAGAGAGCCGAGCUGACUCACAGCCACAACAGCGGUGAUAGCAGUGACAGCCACCAAGACGCCCUGUGUGCAGAAGCCCGUCUGGCCCUGUCGUGCGACACUGCGUGUCCGGACGAGCCCGUCGCCGCACGUCUCUGUGCAGGCCUGGGUGGCAGUGACGGCGGUGAGGCCCUGAGGAUCAUGGCACCAGCCACCCCCCUUCGUCCCUGCACCCCUCGGCAAGGACCAGCGUGGGCAGACCCAGGCAAAGGCACCCCAGAUGAGAAGGGGGCUCCCUCCCCAGCAGCCGCCGGUCGGGACUGCAGCGCAGGGCGGGCCCGGCCCCCCAAGGUGCCCCACGCGCCCCGGCUCCAGCUAUUCCCCCUGGCUCGGCCCCCCACUCCCGACCGCGGGGACGCCUACGAUGACUACUUCUCUGCCGACAACCUGAACGAGAGGCUCUCAGAGAAGCUUCUGGACUCCCCGUCCACAGCCACUCUGGCACUCAGCCACUGCAGAAGCCUCUCGAAGCGGGAGAGGAGGAGCGUGUUAGAGACCUCCGAUUUCUCCUGCCUCUGGAAGAGCCCCGGGGCCACAGUGACUCAGAGCCAGUCCCCCCACGAGCCGCCCAGCCUGAGAGGCCUGGACAGUGUGCAGAGUGACCCGGCACGGCCUGACACCACGGGGCCCCCGGAGGAACACCGGGGCCAGCAAGACCCUCACAAGCUAGCAAGGAGGAGCAGGGAAGACCCUAAGUCCACGCGCACGCUGGUGAUGACAAGCCUGCCAUCCGAGGAGCGGAACCUUGUCACCCAGGUGCUGGACAAGCUGCAGGGCUUCUCCGUGGCACAGGAAGUGAGUGACUGCACAACCCACGUGCUGGCCGGCGCACCCCUGCGCACGCUCAGUGUGCUCCUGGGCCUGGCCCGCGGCUGCUGGGUGCUGACCUGGGAGUGGGUGCUGUGGUCUCUUGAGGCCGGCCACUGGGUCCCUGAGGAGCCUUUUGAGCUGCACAGCCACUUCCCCGCGGCGCCGCUCUGUCGCCAGGAGCGCCAGCUCACGGCAGGACGGUACCAAGGAAGCCUGUUUGCCGCCCAGCCGCCCAUGUUCAUCGCCCCGAACUGUGCCCCACCCAGGUGCAAACUGCAGGAGCUGGUGCAGCUGUGUGGGGGGCGGCUGGUGCAGACCCCGCGCCAGGCCGGCAUCAUCAUCGGCUCCUACCGAGGCAGGCGGCCGGGGACAGCCAGACACCUGACCGAGAAGUGGAUCCUGGACUCCAUCACUCAGCACAAGGUCUGCAAGGCCGAGUCCUACCUGUGCCCCCCCUGACGGCGGCCCCACAGGCCGAGACCUGCUGGGACCUUUUCUACGAAUUGCUGG